AUGUCAGUACCAGCGUGGUUAUCAGCGCCGUUUAUAGAAAAAGCAUUACGCCGGUCUGAAAAUGACGAUUCAAUUUGUAUCGUUGAUUGUUCGAUUAAACCGGCAACAAAUAAAGGUGACAAUUAUACAAGUGACAUGCACCGAGUUACUGUUGAGUACAGGCAUAAUCAAGGAGCCAAAGCUGUCACGGAAAAAAUUUCCAUUAUCGUCAAAGUAGCUCCGACUGCAGAAGGUAUCCAUAAGGAUUUAAUUGCAGAAGCUGGACUUUUUGGUAUUGAAAUAAAAAUGAUGACCACGACGUUAAAAGAAAUGCAAUUGAUAUUGAAAGACAAAAAAUUAAGCGGAAGGUGUUUAUACACUCAGGAAAAAGAUCCACCGCUUUUAAUAAUCGAAGACUUGGCUCCUCUCGGUUUUCGAAUGGCUGACCGUCAAGCUGGCCUUGAUCUACAUCAUUGCAUACUCGCAUUACGGGGAUUAGCCAAAUUUCACGCAAGUUCUGUUGCAGUUUAUGAAAAAACGCCAAAGUACAAAGAAACGUAUGUAAAAGGAAUAUUCAAUACUGGGAAUCCGCCAGACAUGAUAAGAUUCUUCACAAGUGGAAUGAAGUCCCUAGCGAAGGCCGUAAAGUCUUGGCCGGAAUUAGACGACACAUAUGCCGAUAAAUUGGACAAAUUAGCGGAUGUUGCAUACGAGCGGGCAUCUGAGUCCCGAACCCCAGACGAAUCUGAAUUCAAUGUCAUAAACCACGGAGAUUUUUGGGUCAACAACAUGCUCUUCAAGUACAAUGAUGAUGGCAAGGUUAUCGACCACAUUUUCCUAGGGUUUCGAAGUAACGCGGCUUCGCGAGAGUCAUGCUACGUGAAUAAUGCAAUGAACUCCAUCGUAGUGGAUAGGAUUCGACUCUCCAGACACUCUGACUACAAUGUUGAUUUUCAACUAUGUGUCUAUGGCUCGCCAGCAGUCGACUUGGCCUACUUUUUCAACACGAGUCCUUCCGAAGAAGUUUUGUCAAAACACACGGACAACCUGAUUGAAGAGUACGUAAAAGUCCUGUCAGAAACGAUGAAGAAAAUAGGUUGCAAAAGACCUCCUCCCAGUAUCGCUGACAUAAAAAAAUCAUUGGUCAAAAGAGACGUGUAUGGUUUUGUGGCAGCAUGCACAAUUCUGCCCAUCGUUAUGAUUGACAAAAGUCAGGCCCAAAACAUUGAAGAAAUAAUGGGACAAGACGACGGAGAGUUCAAUAACAAAUCUUAUGAAAAUCCGAUCUACAAAAAAACCAUGCUCAGAAGAUUGCCCCAGUGGAAGGCAGCCGGACUGCUUGAAGCUUAA